UCAUCAUAUUUGAGUCGAAUGCAGUCUCAGAGUCUACAUUCUGCUGAAUACAGGGAGGUCGGAAAAGUUAAAAAGCCUUUCACGCCUCCACGAGAGGUACAUGUUCAAGUAACCCAUUCCUUAGCACCAGAAAAGCGCGAGAUUUUUAAUUCUCUGAACAAUUGGGCCCAAGAGAAUAUCUUGGUGCUCCUAAAGGAUGUCGAUAAAUGCUGGCAACCAAGUGACUUUCUACCCGACUCAGCUUCUGAAGGCUUUGACGAGCAGGUCAUGGAGCUACGUAAAAGAUGCAAGGAAAUUCCUGAUGAUUAUUUCAUUGUCUUGGUUGGAGAUAUGAUUACAGAGGAAGCACUUCCCACUUACCAGACGAUGCUUAACACCCUAGAUGGAGUUCGAGACGAGACGGGUGCUAGCCUUACUCCUUGGGCUAUUUGGACUAGAGCAUGGACUGCUGAAGAGAAUAGGCAUGGUGACCUUCUGAACAAAUAUCUUUAUCUUUCUGGACGGGUUGACAUGAAGCAAAUUGAAAAGACAAUUCAAUACCUAAUCGGUUCCGGGAUGGAUCCUCGUACGGAAAACAAUCCCUACCUGGGAUUUAUCUACACUUCAUUCCAGGAGAGGGCAACCUUCAUUUCUCAUGGAAACACGGCUAGGCUUGCCAAGGAACACGGGGACCUGAAAUUGGCUCAGAUAUGCGGUAUCAUUGCUGCAGAUGAGAAGCGCCAUGAAACUGCGUAUACCAAAAUUGUUGAAAAGCUAUUCGAGAUUGACCCUGAUGGCACUGUGUUGGCACUUGCCGACAUGAUGAGGAAGAAAGUCUCUAUGCCAGCUCAUCUGAUGUACGAUGGCCAGGACGAUAAUCUCUUUGAGAACUUCUCUUCUGUAGCACAGCGGCUAGGGGUCUAUACUGCCAAGGACUAUGCCGAUAUUUUGGAAUUUUUGGUCGGAAGGUGGGAUAUUGAGAAGUUGACAGGUCUUUCUGGAGAGGGGCGUAAAGCACAAGAUUACGUGUGCACUUUGCCUCCUAGAAUCCGAAGGUUGGAGGAGCGAGCACAAUCAAGGGUCAAGAAAGCAUCGGCCACCCCCUUCAGCUGGAUUUUCGGUCGAGAAAUCAAUCUAUGAACGCUGCACUGAACGUAGGGACUCUUCUAGCAGCCUUUGAUAAGCAAAUAUAUAAGGUCGGUCUGUCGCCAUCUGGUCUGUAUCAAGAAAUGUGUUAAAAAUAAACAUAAAAUUGUUCCAGUGGUAUAUUUCUCGUUCCUUUAUUUGUUUAGUUUUGAUCAGAUAUGACAGACGAAUAAUUCGAGUCGAGUGAGGAGACGAUUUCUUGCUGCAAUCUUUGUUUUCUUUAUCAACUCGCUUACGAGUAUUAUAAAAGUAGAAUCUUGUGCUUGUUUACCAUAAA